AGUUCAAAAACUAAACAAGUCGAGUAGCAUCACGGAGACGAAGGAGUGAAAAGAGAGAUAAGACAGCGGGGAACUUUACGGACUUUUCUCUGUAUUCUUUCUGGAUAUGCACAUGACAUGUUGAGCAGAAAGGGCUCCAACGCGGGGAUGAUGGCCGUGGCACCAUCCGGAGUGGACCGGACCAGGGUCGGUGAGCGGCUGCACGCUGCUUUGGCCGGGCUACAGGAGCUUCAUCUUCUCAGGGACAGGCAGAGCGAGAUGGUUAGCUGGGCCCUGCGAGUGGACCGGGAGGAACCGGUCACCUCGGUGCAGCACAGCCCGGAGGACCCGCGGCUCCUGGGGGCCGAGGAGCAGCGGCUGGAGGCGACACUCACUGCGCUCAAACAGCAACUGUCUCGCCUUCGAAAGCAGGAUGUAGGGCUGAAGACUCACUUGCAGCAGCUGGACCAGCAGAUAAAUGAGCUCAAGUUGGAUGUGAACAAAGUGUCCACAGAUCAACAAGAAACAGACAGCCGCCCAAGUUCAGGUUUUUAUGAACUCAGCGAUGGCGGCUCCGGAUCUCUUUCCAACUCAUGCACAUCGGUGUACAGUGCGUGUAUGUCAUCUCCGCAAACAACCUUACCAACAAGCCCUCUGAAUAAUCACAACGAACCACAAAACCAGGCGGAGGUGUCUCGUAGACGCUCAGCAGAUGAGAGCACCACCCAAACCACUGCACCAAGAGUGAAAGGCGGGCUACACUUAGGCAGCAGUCGAAUCCGUGCCAGUACUGAAAAGGCUCGCCCAAGACCAGUGUCAACAGGUGAUCUGGAUAGGAUGAUGGGGCAAAUGCACAACUACAACAAGCCAGUGGAUACAAGCAAGCCUAUCGCAAGCCAAAACGUUCAAGCAGCUCAAAUGGACUCAAAGUUUCAUAGCAAUCUCGUGUCACGUACUGGAGCAGAAAUAUAUCAAUAUCCAAGUCCCCUACAUGCAGUUGCCCUACAGAGUCCAAUCUUUUCCCCAAACAGCGAAACCUCCAAUAAUGGACUUUUGGAAGGACCCCCUGUAAAUGCGAGCAACUCACUCCAAAGACCAACCAAUUAUGACACUAAAACAUUGGGUUACAUUGACAAAAUCCUUCAGCGUAGCUUCAGUAAACUCAGCUUUGAAUCUGGCUCGGACACUCUCUCAUCCCAACACUCACACAGGAAGCAGUCAGACGCUGUAACAGUAUUUCCUGAGGUCUCCCAGAAAGAGGUGUCAUCCCUACCACCACUCCCCCCACAUCCACCCCCGGUCCUGGCAGCACCAAAGACCACAAACGUUGUCCCAGCACAGGCUAACGACCAAAAGAGGCUCUACCCUAGUCAGGAGGCAGCUGAUAACACAAACCAGUACAAACAGUUGCUAAGAACCCACGAGGUCUCACACUGCCUGUCUUUCCCAGCUGACACCCGCGAGUACAGCUCCGAUGAAGUCACCACCUCUACCCUUAAAAAAGCCAACAAACUUCCAAUGCAGUACUCAAGUUUGUCAAGAAGCCAUUCGGAUUAUAGAAGUAGUGAUAACACAGAACCAAGACAUGACAGGAAAGGGCACAAGCAAAGAUCAGUUAUGUCCCAAAGUUCUAGCACAGAAGAGGGGCACAGUUUUGAAGCCCCCCAUAGCACCUCUCCACAAUUUGUCCAUGCACAAUUCGUCCCAGCUGGCUCCCAAAGAGUUAAAGUGCGACAAGCAGAUCGUAAAAGCAAAAAUGUAAAGCUUAAGAAGAAGAAUGUGGAGAAGCCAAGAAAGCAACAGCAAGGUUACUCCUCUGGUGAGAAGUCAAAGGAUUCAAGUAGCGGCAAAUCUGAUCAUAAGAAGUCUUCAAAGGGUAAAGUUCUGCAAAAGUCGCACGCUUAUUUAUCAGAUGAGCAUAGGCGAGGAUCAGGGUCAGACUCCAGUCACUGUAGCCCAGGAUUUAUGUACACACAAAAAAUCCAAGCUAAACCUCCAGUGACUGCAGCUGUCAGCAAAUCUACCAAAACCCAUCGCAAACCCCAAAAUAUGGAGUACGAGGUUGAUCAGAGAAAGAAGCGACAGGCAGACAGACAAGUUGACGCAUACCAGGCACAAAUGUCUUAUCGCCAGAGGUCAAGAGAAGCCACGGCCCCAAAUAUGCACAUGGUUAGGAGUGUGAGUUCGAGGACAGGACAGUGGAUGCAACAGCCCCAACGGCAUUUCCCAACUUCUAUGUCUGUGAAUUCUUUCCACCAAAAUCUCAAUGCUAGAUACCCCGCUGCACCGUACCACGUGACAAGCAGAUACCCGCCCCGUUGUGAGUCCGAAUAUUCCGCAGAGUGUGCAUCUCUUUUCCAUUCAACAAUUGCAGCUAGCAGUGAUGGGGAAAUGAGUGACCAUACAACGAAUAGAUUUGGAGAUAGUGAGUCUAGUCAAAGCUACCAGUCAUUUUCAGACUCGGAUAGCAGUUUGUCUUACGAUGAGGAAGAUGAGUUCCUGGAUGAAGAUGGAAGUUUGGUUUGGGCCAAUGCUGCUAUGGGACCUACAACUGCAGGGCGCCCAAUACAGCAACAGCAACAGCAACAGCAACAGCAACCCCCACCCCGAUCCGCUCCUUCCACUUGCCGAAUUAAGGCGUCCCGAGCCUUAAAGAAAAAGAUACGAAGAUUUCAGCCGGCCUCUCUAAAGGUCAUGACCUUGGUGUAAAGCCAAAAAUGCACUGUAAUGGGAGAGACUUCAGAAAGGACACUUCAAAUCAUACUUUAAGGACUAAACCAGGGGUCAGAACUAAUCCAAGACAACAACAGAACCACACCAUCUCUACAUCAGGACUAUACUGGGCUAAAAUCAGGACAAAAUAUUUCUAAUUGUACAUGUCGUUCUAUUUUAAUAAGAACUGAGACACAUAUAGGACAGACUUCAUUAAAGAAUAACCUGUUUGUUCAAAAUGCCUCAAAUAAUCUGAUCAUGCACUAUUCUGAAUAUGUUAAUAGGGUCUAAAUUGAAACAGCACACUGUAUAGUAAUAACAUUUAUAUCAUAAUUAUUGUAAUGUGUAAAUAUGUAUGAUCUCUUUUGGUUGCAUUUGUUUUCAAUUUGUCAAAUAUUAUCAGUACUUUUGUGUAAUCCAAUCUUUUUUAUUGCAAAGUGUUUAUCUUUAUUACGCAUUUGCUUUGAUUUUAACUUUGUGCUGCAAAAUAAACAGGUUUAAUAUACAUAAAAUUGCCUUAUUGUCUAUCUGUACCCAUAUGUUGGUAGGAAAGCUAAUUAAACUCGCUAUUAUCUUGGGUCGAUCUAUGGAAUUAGUAGCUAAAUUGCAGUGCACUCCAGGGACCUGCUUUGAAAACCCCCCACUUUGCUGAAAAUGUCUGACUGAGGGAAAACAGUUUGGCUCAAAUAGCUUUUAACAGCUCCUUAUCUAGUUUCCUGAGUUGUUAGUUACUUUUUCAAUUAUCAACCCAGACAGUAAUGUUUAAUUAGAGGGAGAAGCUUAUCAG